CUAUGAAGCACAAGCUAGCAACGGUAGAAAUGAAGUUUGAAAAGCUCAAUCUUUUCUAAAACGUUUGAGCCUUGGGACACUUUCGUCUUUAGCAGCAACCCACCCUGGUGAUUAUGCAACUAUUACUUUCACAGCAUCCCAUGCUGGUAGGCUGCUCCACCACACCAGCAGAGACCAAAAGGUGACUGCGGACAACAAAUUCCAUCCUGUUGAACGCCUUCACACAGCCACUUCAGAUGGCAGAAUGAUCUUUGACUCCAACUCGUCCACCUCUCCACACUGAGGCUGAGACAAUGACGGCGUGGACCACAACACUGAUGGAGCCCUGGAUCAAGCCAUAUCCCAGCCUGUAAACAUCAGCAUGUUUAUUAAAGGUGCCUUCCUCGCUAGUGUUAGCGCAAGAAUCUAAGGCGACAGCAUUGGCUACAAGGACCUUACAACAGCGAGUGCAUGUAACCCGGCCUGCGGGUCCCUGGAGAGGACCAGGCGAAGGGGUUGGGUUACACACUGACAAGCCUUAUACAUGUUUCAUCUGCUGCUCACAACAGAAAGCCCCUUUAUCUAAUCCAGGCUUUUCCGAGAGGUUUGAGUUUUGUACCGUGAGAUUGCUCCUCAGGAAGCCAGCCAGUCACUGAACUGAUGCAUAUCAAUCGACAAAGUAGUCAGACCCAAGAUAACCGCUAUCAGGACUGUUGAGCGUUCUACAAGACAAAGGAUAGGAUCCAAGCUGUGCAGGCUUCCUCUACGGAGAAUCUGCCUUUCCUGGAUCCAAUCAAGAGGUGGCCAUGACUGACACCCUUAGGCCUCCGUCGCUCCAAGUGAGCGUCCCUAGCGAUUCCCCGGCAUACUCUGACGGCGGUAACAACACUGUGUCGGAUUGCUCCAUGAGGUCCAGCUCCUCAACCCCGACGCUCCGUCGCAGGCGCUUCAAGAUGCGCCGCAUGAGGAACGUGCCCAGCGAGAGGGAGCUGGAGAGGGACCGGCUAAAGGCUCAAAGUCACGUCAAGGCUCGGUCGUGCUCCGGCUCCAAAGAAUACCUCCAGCUGCCUUCCAUCGAGAUCACGCCAUCCAGUGACGAAGAUGCGCUGUCGUCGUGGUCCAGCUGCUCGACACCCAGUGCCUCACCGCGACGCAAGCGCUUCCUGUUGAAGAAGUGGCUAAAAGUCAGAGAGAAGAAGGAGCAAGGCAGUGAGAGCAGCAGCCAGCAGAGCAGCCAGCAGAGCAGCCAUGAAGAUGACACCACGCGCUUCUUGACUCCAUUAAUCCGAGAGGAGAGGUCUGACAGUGCAGCGGACAAAAUCAGCACUGCCAGUAACUCCAACAAGAGCACGCCCGCUUGCUCCCCCGUCCUGCGCAAACGCUCGCGCUCACCGACACCACAGAGCCAGGAGGGCGACAACAUGGUGGAGAAGGGCUCAGACCACUCCUCGGACAAGUCUCCCUCCACGCCGGAGCAGGUUGUGCAGAGGACGUACUCGCUGCAGUCAGCGCGCAGUGGAGGGAAAAAUUCCAAGUCUCACAAGCGACUUUCCAAAUAUGACAGACUAAACCUGAUUAAAAAGAGCCAAAGCUGGUACAACCAUGAAAGACAACACAUCAUGAGAGUGCUGAGCCCCACAUACAAGCAACGCAAUGAGGACUUCAGGAAACUCUUCAAGCAUCUACCUGACACAGAGCGACUCAUUGUGGACUACUCCUGUGCUCUGCAACGGGACAUCCUCCUGCAGGGACGACUCUACCUCUCCGAGAACUGGAUCUGUUUCUAUAGCAACAUCUUCCGCUGGGAAACACUGCUGACAGUGCGAUUAAAGGACAUCUGCUCGAUGACGAAAGAGAAGACUGCCCGCCUCAUUCCCAACGCCAUCCAGGUCUGCACUGACAAUGAGAAGCACUUUUUCACCUCCUUUGGAGCAAGAGACAGGACGUACAUGAUGAUGUUCAGACUAUGGCAGAAUGCGCUGCUCGACAAGCCUCUGUGCCCCAAAGAGUUGUGGCACUUUGUCCAUCAGUGCUACGGCAACGAGCUGGGCCUAACCAGCGAUGACGAGGACUACGUUCCCCCAGAUGACGACUUCAACACCAUGGGGUUCAGUGAGGAGAUUCCCAACGAGGAGAACGAGAUCAACAAUGACAAUUUGUCCAAGAGCAGCGCAGAGGCCAAGCCUGAAGGAAGUCCUCCUCUUCCUCAUAAGAAGAUGGUCCCAAACAGCACCAUGGAGCGCACAAGCAGCCACCAUGACACGCCCAUCACCUUUGACCUCCCCGCAGACGAUUUCACAGACUGCCCGACAGACGGUGAGCUGCUGGCCAUGCCACUGCUGGUGGAAGAGAGGAACAACGACACCGGUGGCGGUGGCAGCGGCCCUAUCCCCUCGCCCUCGCUGGACUUUAACGACAACGAGGACAUCCCUACCGAGCUCAGCGACUCCUCGGAGACACACGAUGAGGGUGAGGUCCAGGCAUUCCACGAGGACCUGAACGGGAGGCAGCACAUUAACGAGAUCUACAAGUUCAGCGUGGACAAACUCUACGACAUUCUCUUCACCGAGUCACAGUUCAUGAGUGACUUCAUGGAACAGAGGCGCUUCUCAGAUGUGGUUUACCACCCGUGGAAGAAGGAGGAGGCCGGGAACCAGACCAGAGAGAUCAUGUACACCAUCUCUCUGUCGAACCCCCUGGCCCCCAAGACUGCUACCGUCACGGAGACUCAGACCCUGUACAAGGCCAGUCAGGAGAGCGAGUGCUACAUCAUCGACGCCGAGGUGAUCACACACGACGUGCCCUACCAUGACUACUUCUACACGCUCAACCGCUACAUGCUCACCCGAGUGGCCAAGAACAAGUGUCGUUUACGGGUAUCCACAGAGCUGCGCUUCAGGAAGCAGCCAUGGGGGCUGGUGAAGGGCUUCAUAGAGAAGAACUUCUGGAGCGGACUGGAGGAGAACUUUCGACAUCUCGAACUGGAGCUGUCCAAGCUGGAGGACAUCCUCACCGAGUCCCAUCAGCUCUCCCCGAAGGCUAACAAAGUGGUGAAGAACGCCACGGUGAGGCGGAAGAAGAGGCCAACCCCCCACAUGCGCAGCCAACACUUGGACGAGGCGCUCAGUCCCGUCACCACGCCAACGGACGAGGAGGUCAUCCAGCGCAUCAAGCAUGUGGCGGGAUCCACGCAGACCAGACAUCAGAGUCCGGUGCACCGCCAUCUGCCUGCAGGCUUUGCUCUCUACAGCGUCUCCAAACUGCUGCUCGUCAUCAGCUUUGUGAUCUGUCUCAGUCUGGUCCUGCUGGUGUUCCUCAACAUGAUGCUCUUCUACAAGCUGUGGAUGCUGGAGUACUCUGCGCAGUCCUUAACCACUUGGCAAGGUCUGCGGCUGCAUGAAAGCAAACUUCCUCAGACACAAAUGGAGUGGGCCCAGCUCCUGGAGGCGCAGCAGCGUUACCAUGACGCCGAGCUGCAGAAGUGGCGGGAGAUAAUCAAGUCGUCUGUGGUGCUGCUCGACCAGAUGAAAGACUCUUUACUGAACCUCCAACGAGGCAUCGGCUUGAGAGACUACAGUGCGGACAGUGAGGAGAAGCGGAGUCACUACCGCUGAUCCAACUGCUCCGCAAGGCCACGAGGGCAUGCUGUGCAAUAUGGGACCGCCCUUUUCCUUUCCCAUCAGUCUGUGUGCAGGAAGCAGAGACGGAGCGAGCCGGUCCGGGAACAGUCGUGGAGGUUAGGAAGCAUCACUAAGGAGUGGUGUGGGACACGGGCCCCCCUCCUCCCCCCGACCCCAUCCUACUGUAAGCCAUGUAUGCUUAGGACAGGGAGAAGAAGCCUAAACUACUGCAUGCAUUUCGACCAC